CCCCCUCCUCCCCCUCCUCCCCAGCCAUCACCCAACCUGCCCUCCAGCCUCAGCUUCAAGUCCAGCCUCAGCCCUCAGCCCCAGAAGACCCCCUCGCCUGGAAGCUCAGCACAGAGCCAGAUUCAGUCUGAGAAGCCAGGAGGAGAGAACAAUGACUUCAGGGUGUACAUCAUCACAUGGAACGUGGGAUCAGCUGUGCCGCCAGAUGACAUCACUUCUCUCUUUGGACCAAAUGUCUCAGAUGGGAGCAUUGACAUGUUUAUCAUCGGACUCCAAGAAGUCAACUCCAUGAUAAACAAAAGACUGAAGGAUGUUCUUUUCUCAGACCAGUGGAGUGAGCUUUGCAUGGACACGCUCAGCCCUUUUGGAUAUGUUUUGGUGGCGUCCCAGCGAAUGCAGGGAGUGCUGCUGCUGGUUUUCUCUAAAUUCUGCCACCUUCCAUUUCUCCGAGGUGUGCAGACACAGAGUACACGCACAGGACUUGGGGGAUACUGGGGGAAUAAAGGCGGCGUCAGUGCAAGGAUGACCAUGUUCGGCCACCCUGUGUGCUUCCUCAACUGUCACCUGCCAGCUCACAUGAGGAACCUGGAACAGAGGAUGGAAGACUUUGAAAGCAUCCUGCAGCAGCAGCAGUUUGAAGGAGGGGCAGCUACUGGUGUACUAGACCAUGAUGUCGUGUUUUGGUUUGGGGAUUUAAAUUUCCGUAUUGAAGACUAUGAUAUCCAUGUGGUGAAAUGUGCCAUUGACAGCAAUAAGCUGCCUCUUCUCUGGGAGCGGGAUCAGCUCAACAUGGCAAAAAACACAGAGUCCAUCCUGGAAGGCUUCAUGGAGGGACAACUCAAAUUCCCACCUACUUAUAAGUUUGAUGUAGGCACUCAUACCUACGACACCAGUGCUAAAAAGAGGAAACCUGCCUGGACAGAUCGCAUCCUAUGGCGUCUUCGCCGCACUGGUUCACCAGUUCCUACCCACAAUGCCGCACUGCAGCGUGGCCUGACCUCGUGGUUGGGUGGGGCAACUAAAGUGACACAGCAUGCGUAUCGCAGUCACAUGGGUUUCACCAUCAGUGACCACAAACCUGUUUCUGCCCUGUUUUCACUACAUUUCCCAUUCAGGGUGGAUAUGCCUCUGGUGGAACUGCAGGUAAACAAGGAAUGGUGCAAAGCCUCAGAUGCUACAGUCAGAUUCACUGUUGCAUCAACUUAUCAGCGCAGCUCAUGGGACUGGGUAGCAAUAUACAAGGUUGGAUUCAGACAUCACAAAGAUUAUCAGGCGUAUGUGUGGGCCAAAGGGGAGCAUGCAACGCAGGUGACAUUCUCAGAGGAGGAUUUGCCGCGAGAUGACUGUGAAUACAUGCUGGGUUAUUACAGUCAUAACCUGAACAGCAUUGUUGGACUGUCAUCACCAAUUCAGAUCAACAUGCCAGUUCACAGUCCCACUGUGUGUCGCUCCGAGAGCUCCGAUGUCAGCUCUGAAGAUGACAGCACUCUUGUUCUGCUGGCUCCAAACUCCCGCAGCCCGAGCCCUAAAGCGGGCAAACACCACCAUCGUCACCGGCGCAGUCGCAGCCCUGCGCUUCCUGCUCUUUCAUCCAAUCCCCUCCCUUCUCUGCAGAGCCUCAGCCUCGGGCCUCGCUCCAAAGAGAGCCAGACACGAAGCCUCUCUCCCUGCUCUAAAAAGGAGCGGCUGGUGUCCCCCGACGCCGUGCCAUCGCCCACCAUCAGCCCGCUCAGUCCUCGCAGCCCUGUGUCUCCAGGUAGUGUGGUGACUGCCCCAGAGGCCCUGGUUGCUGCUAUCCUAGGUGAACCCAGACCAGCUCAGGUUAGCCCCACAGGGGUAAAACGGAUAGGAAAGACAGGGGAAACAGACACUGCAAAGAAAAUGAAGAUCAAGAGUUAAAAUGAGACUGUGUAUGAGCGAAAAAAAGCAAUAUCCAUCAAAUCAGAGUCUGAUCCGACACCUGUGUCACUGUGCUCAUAGAGGCACCAUAUUUAUUGACUCCUAAUGUAGUUUGCAAACAUUCCACAUUGUAGCCCUGCAGAUCCCUGUUUCUGAAUCGACCAUCAUCAUCUUAUACACUACUACUGUAUGUGUAUCCUGGAGUCAAACAUGUGACCAGACUCUCAAUGACAAGUGCUUUUAUAGACUCAUAAGCUAUAUCAUUAUGUAAACAAGCAUAUUGAAUGUGAGGCCAACAUUGGAGCAAACCUGUGACCGUUAUGAACAGAUGUUAUUGACAGCAAUAUGGGUCCAUGUAAACAGUCCUGCAUCAGAGUAAGGACCUUGGAUCACAAGUAUUGAUGGUAUCACAGUUAACAGCAGAGAGAGUGUGUGUUUGUGUGUGAGUGGUUUUGUGUAGACCUUUGUGCUAAACCAUAAAUAUGUCAAACUUUCGUUUUGGAGCACAUGAUGGUUUAAAUGUUUAACUCUAUAGGUCUUGGUCUGUAUUCAUAAAACAAGUCUAAUGCAUCCAAAAGUAGAGAAAUCAUCUAAUUCUAUCUGAAAUCUACAUGUGACCGUGAAAACUUGAACAUCGCUUUUUGUGGAUACAGCCCCUGUUCUAUAGAGCUCCUUAAGUGUCUGUUUAGGCUAAUAAUGUGUUUCUUUGGCUCCCAGGAAACUGUGUUGUGUCAUCUAUGCGAGUGUGCAAA